CUCCCGCGCUCCCUCCCCGCGGCCCUCCCUCCGCCGCGCCCACGUGACGCCCGAGCCUCGGCGGCUCGGAUUACCGCCGCCGCCGCCGCUCCAGUGCCCGCGCCGAGGCUGCGCCGCGAACUGCCCGCGCCGCGCCCCCAGCCCCACCGAGCCAUGGCCCGCGCCGCCCGCCCACGGCCCGCAACCCCGGAGCGCGGCGCCGCCGGCCGCUGAGAGCGCGGCCUUGAGGCGGGAGCCCCGGCGCGGCCCCGGAGCAGCGCCCGCGGCGGCCCGGCCCCUCCCCUGCACGGCUCCCCGCGCCCCUUGCGCGCCCUGCCGCCGCGCGCCCGGCCCCAGCAUGGAGACGGCAGAGAAGGAGUGCGGCGCCCUGGGCGGGCUCUUCCAGGCCAUCGUCAACGACAUGAAGAGCUCCUACCCCAUCUGGGAGGACUUCAACUCCAAGGCUGCGAAGCUCCACUCUCAGCUGAGGACCACCGUGCUGGCUGCUGUGGCCUUCCUAGACGCCUUCCAGAAAGUAGCUGACAUGGCCACCAACACCCGAGGGGCCACGCGGGACAUUGGUUCAGCACUCACGCGCAUGUGCAUGCGCCACCGCAGCAUCGAGACCAAGCUGCGGCAGUUCACCAACGCGCUGCUGGAGAGUCUCAUCAAUCCACUGCAGGAGCGCAUCGAAGACUGGAAGAAGUCUGCUAACCAACUGGACAAGGACCAUGCAAAAGAGUAUAAGCGAGCCAGGCAUGAAAUCAAAAAGAAGUCCUCCGACACGCUGAAGCUGCAGAAGAAGGCGCGCAAAGGGAAAGGAGACCUGCAGCCUCAGCUGGAUAGUGCUCUGCAAGACGUCAAUGACAUGUACCUGCUCCUGGAAGAGACGGAGAAACAGGCCGUGCGCCGAGCGCUGAUCGAAGAGCGGGGUCGCUUCUGCACCUUCAUCACCUUCCUUCAGCCUGUGGUGAACGGCGAGCUGACGAUGCUGGGAGAGAUCACCCACCUGCAGGGCAUCAUUGACGACCUGGUGGUGCUGACAGCGGAACCCCACAAGCUGCCUCCGGCCAGUGAGCAGGUGAUCAAAGACCUGAAGGGCUCUGACUACAGCUGGUCCUACCAAACACCUCCCUCGUCACCCAGCAGCUCCAGCUCCCGGAAGUCCAGCAUGUGCAGCCUGGCACAGCCAGCCACCACCCGCCUCUCCAGCGUCUCUUCCCACGACUCUGGCUUCGUCUCCCAGGAUGCCACCUACUCCAAGCCCCCUUCUCCCAUGCCUUCCGACAUCACCAGCCAGAAGUCCUCCAGCUCUGCGUCCUCCGAGGCCUCAGAAACCUGCCAGUCGGUUAGCGAGUGCAGCUCCCCCACCUCGGAGUGGACCAAGGCCGGCCCCCAUGAACAGCCCUCGGCCACCACCCUGCAGCGGAGGAAGGAUCGCGUGGAGCUCCUCCGAGACGCCGAGCCAGGUCCCGCUGGUGGAGGCACUGUGGGCUCCAGCGGAGAGGAGGCGCCGCGACCCCGGAUGUCCCCCGCCACCAUAGCAGCCAAACAUGGUGAGGAGGUGUCCCCUGCAGCCAGCGACCUGGCCAUGGUACUGACUCGGGGACUGAGCCUUGAACAUCAGAAGAGCAGCCGGGACUCGCUGCAGUACUCCAGUGGCUACAGCACACAGACCACCACGCCUUCGUGCUCCGAGGACACCAUCCCCUCGCAAGGCUCAGACUACGACUGCUACUCCGUGAACGGGGAUGCAGACAGUGAGGGUCCCCCGGAGUUCGACAAAUCAUCCACCAUUCCUCGAAACAGCAACAUUGCCCAGAACUAUCGCCGCCUGAUCCAGACCAAGCGCCCAGCCUCCACCGCGGGGCUGCCCACGGCGGGGCUGCCUGCGGCCAUGGGGCUGCCCUCAGGUGCGCCUCCUGGCGUGGCCACCAUCCGCCGCACGCCCUCUACCAAACCCACUGUGCGCCGCGCCCUCUCCAGCGCCGGCCCCAUCCCCAUCCGGCCACCCAUCGUCCCCGUGAAGACACCCACGGUGCCCGACUCCCCUGGCUAUGUAGGGCCCACACGGGCAGGCAGCGAGGAGUGUGUCUUCUACACAGACGAAGCGGCCUCACCUCUGGCGCCAGACCUGGCCAAAGCCUCCCCAAAGAGGCUCAGCCUGCCCAAUACGGCCUGGGGCAGCCCAUCCCCGGAGGCAGCUGGCUACGGCGGGGCUGCGGCUGGGCUGCCCGCUGAGGACGAUGAGGAGCAGCAGCUGGCUGCCAACAGGCACAGCCUGGUAGAAAAGCUCGGGGAGCUGGUGGCCGGCGCGCAUGCCCUGGGCGAGGGCCAGUUCCCCUUUCCUACUGCCCUGUCGGCCACCCCCUCUGAGGAGACACCCACCCCACCCCCUGCUGCCACCAGUGACCCCCCAGCCGAAGACAUGCUGGUGGCCAUUCGGCGCGGGGUCCGGCUCCGCAGGACCGUCACCAACGACAGGUCGGCGCCCCGCAUCUUAUGAUGGUGCCACCCUCCCCUCCUUGUCUGGGCCUGGCACGAGUAGGUGGCCUGAUCUGUGAGCAGCGGCCAGCCACCCUGAGCAGCAGCGCAGCCAGAAAACAGAACAGCGCCGGGAAUGAGGCACGGCCACUUUAUAGAGAGACAACCAGGCUGGAUCUCGGCAUCUCGCAGGAAGUGACUUCCUUCACACCCCUCGCCAGGACAGAGCCUGUUUUAUACUUUCCUCACCUACUCCUCCUCCUCUUCCCACAGGCCCUGCUUCUUCCAAACCCCAGAGCCCAUAACCAAGGGCUGGGCCUGCUACUCGGGCCCCUCCUGGCCUGGGGUCCGGAACUCUCUUCCUCUGGCCCCACUGCCCUCGAGGGCCAUAUGCCCAGCUCUUUCCUUGAAUGCUGGCUCCCUCUUCUCCCUGCCUGGGCCCUGUACCAUUUCCUCUCGCCUUUGCCAUGCCUCUCCCAGAUUCCUCUCAUUAGGGGGCAGGGUGGUCAUGGAGGGGCCAGGCACCCAAUCCGCUGAGGACCUGUUUGUGACUGGGGCUAGGGACAGUCAGGUGUCGCAAAGCCGGACCCACUCACGGGAGAGAGAGCCUAGCGGGAGGGAAUGCAGGGGCCUUGUCUCAGGGCGCCUCCAGCGCCCCUCCUGCUGUGAGGAGUAGCUAGUGGAGGUGAGGCAGGGCAGCGGGGGGACUGAGUCCAGAGGCCCACACCGGGUCUCUCAGAUGUCCUGUUCUCGUCUGGAUGCUUUGAAGCUUUAACUCUGCGAGCACCUGGGGUUACAGUUUCACAAUUGCUGGGGAAUAAGGGCUGGAGCGUUAGAGGGUAUGGGGGGUUAUUUUAUGACUGUAAUAAAAAUGGAGCUGACCCCAGACAAGAACUAUGUGUGGGGCAAGCUGGUGGUACAGGGUGUGUGUUUUGAGUGCCUGAGAGACAGAUGUGGGGGCCCCGUGGUGGGCUCGUGGCCAGAGAAGGGUAAAAUCGGCUCUCCCAAAACCAGGGGAAGCUUCUCUUCUCAACAGCGUCUGGAGUGUUGGUAGAAAAGGCGGGAGAGGGCAGGCCAGGGGCCUCUGGCCAUUCUGUUGUGAUGUGAGUGAGCUGCAGGCCCAACUUGGGGCAAGUCUUAGAAGGUUGGUUUUGACUUUCUGUUGCCAGAGGCAACGCCAUCCCAAGAGAGUCUUUGCCUGGAGGCCUGGCUGGAGCUGGCAGUGGGGGCCUGCCCCAAGUGUGCAGCCCGAGCGAGCAAGUCAAAGCACGUUAAGUGUAGGGCCAGAGGAGAGAUUCAGGAGGUGCAGGUAAAGCGGGCGGCAUUCUCCCCCACCCCACAGGAGGCCAGAGAGCAUGCUGCGGUCUGCAGAUGCAGUUGGAGCUGACCUGGGCCCAAGGGCAUGGGUGCUCUGGUGCCGUGAGCUGGUACCCUAGCAGGACAAGCCCAGUAGGUCUGUGUGUGGAUGGAGUUGUCACUGGACCCCCUGAGGCUGCUAGAGAAUGACCUACAGGGUUUGAGAGCUAGCCCACCAAACUUGGUUGUCGCCAGAGCCCCAAGUAUAGGGUCCAGGCAAGCAAAUGGCCGGUGGAACCCAGGAUGGCAUUUUGGCUGCACCUUCCCCAGCGGGGCCAUUAGGGCUGAUGGAAAGGAACGCAGGACGUGAGUGGGUAGAUGCGGCCCCUGCACCCUGGGGGUGAGUGGGUCCUAGAGGAGGGGGUCUGAGAAGAUGGGCUUACUGCCGUCUGGGGGCUCCAAGCCCUGACGGGAAGGGAGGUCAGGGACUUCCAGGAAGGGGUCAGGGUGGCAUGGCCACCCCACCUUCAGCCUUCUCCUUCCCUCCAGGGCUGUACAUACUCCACCCCUUUGUCCGACCCACAGUAUCCCCUCCCCACUGCCACCUUCCUUUAGUCCUCACCUCUCACAUAGGUCCACCCUUGGGAUCCGAGCCAACCAUCCUACAUCAUAGAGACUUUGGUUUGGGGGCUUCUUCACAUACACUUUAUUUUUCAUUUUUGUACAGCAAAAUAUUCUUUUCAGAUGUGUCUUUUUGACUGAAGUAACUUUUCUGGUGCUGUUAACUUGUUCUUUUUUUUUUUUUUUAAUUUAUUUUGCCGCCCCUCCUGGUUCCUACUCACCCUCGUCCCCACCUCCCAUCCUCCCCUCCCAUUAAAACCACUUCUAUUCUUUUCUUUCUGUCAAGUUUUGGAUAAAUUCUCCCACCCACCCCCCCUCUCCAUCCUCUCCUUGGUUUAAAUAGUCACUGCUACAAGUAACAAAUGCACUGUGAAGAAUACCAGUAUUAAUAAAGUGGUACUGUAGUUAAC